AACUGUCAUUAUAUGCAAAAUAAAUUAGAUUUCAAUGCCAGACACUUCCUUAUUUAACACUUGUCGUCUGCCAGGGAAAUGAACAUUGCACAGAUACCAUUUAAAGCGACUUUACAAUUGAAUAUACUACCAAGCGUAUUGCGCUAGGUCUUCAGUCAAGUUCUGUAAUACAGAUUUGAUAGUGUACUUAAUUGAGUAGUUUACAGUCAUUAGUAUUAAAAUUUCACCAGCGGAUAAUUUAGAGCUAAGAAUAUUCCCGGGACAAGCUCAAAAGGUACUGGUGGACGAGUAUCGUACGAUAUUUUCUGAAAUUCACUCAAUCCAUUCACGGGGAAAGGCGACCAGUGAGUUUUUUAUGAAUGGGAGAGAGAAAUAAAUUCUCGUCUGCACUAUCGUCUGCUUCAGAGUCAGUCGUAUGAUGGACAGGCGGAUUUUAUGAAGUGACGAGUCUUUGUAAAUGGAAAAAGAGACAUUGAAAUUUUGAACCAUUGUGACUCCGGAAACGCGAGCAUUUCGCGUGACAUUGCUGGGUCACCGUUUGCGAAGCAGACGACAAAGUUACGUUAUCAGACUACAUAAGAGAAGAUCUGGCAAGGAAAGAGGGGGGUUCCUGAGAUAUUGAUUUCACUUUGUUGUGUUUUCUCGUGAAAGGAAUAAAUAUUCUUAAGACAUUUUCGCAAUUUGGUGCCAAGAACUGCUUAAAAUGGAUUUUUGGUGUAUUUCCCCGGGAUUAUAUCUGUUCAUUCAAUUGAUAGUGUUUACUUUGGCAGACGGACAGACGAACGACUGCAGACUAUGUAAGCCGGGCUACUAUGCCUCGAGACAAUGUUCGGGCGUCCACGACACAGUGUGUAAGCCUUGCUCAAAAGGAAGUUUUUCUCCCGUUUAUAAUAAAUUCGAAACGUGUUCAAAAUGUUCUAUCUGUGAAGUUGGAGAAUUUGUUUUGAAUGAGUGUACAAGACAUAGUGACACAGUCUGUGAAUCGUGUUCAAUAGCUACUGAUGUGAUUGGCAGCAAAUCUGCUAAAGACUGCUUUCAAAACCAAAACGAUCAACCCAUACGUGAAAAGAAUAAUAUAAAGAUACAAGACGGUAACGCAGACAAAAGCGGUAACGUAUAUGAGGGUUCCGGAGAACAUGUCGAGGAUAUUCAUGUCUGGGCUACGUAUGAAACUCUUGAAGGAAGUGGUGAGUCCCCUGAUCCAGACACUUCUGAAAACAUCACCUAUGUCGUUCUUCCAAUUGAUGGAGAUGGUAAAGUUACGACGUCUACAGAAUCUACAACUGAAAAGACAGGUGUUGUUAUUAUCGAGGGCGGAAUUGUUCUGGAUAAUACAACGGACAAAUUGAAUCCAAAUGUAGUUAUAUCAAAUGUGCCUAGUUCGAAUACUACAACGAUCCCCAUCAUUAUUUUGGAAGGAGAGAAUGGAUCUGUGAUACCCGUUACAGAUGGCGGUGACGGCGAAGACAAUGUUGACGUUGUGAUAAAUGAUCGUCCACACACGGGGGCUAGUAAGGGGAGCCACACCCACUCGGACGGCAUGAGUAUCGGGGUGGUGGUGACAGUCGGGCUCGUGGCCGCGCUCGUGUUCUUCAUCCUGGGAUUCCUCGCCUCCAAGUACUGGAGCAGCCGCCGCGACCGAACAUUCAACGUCCUCGAGGCUGAGCGACGGAACGGCAAACCGCCUGUAGAGUGCAGCAACAUAGAGUAUAGAGAUCCGGAGGGACAGCCCCAUAAAGCUAACCACUAUGAGGAGAUCCCCACCGCCGGGCGCGCGAACGGACGGACGAAUGAAUCCCUUCCUAUAAAACCAGCCUCCGCACUGACGACAAACGCAGCACCGCCACAGAAGAGAGACAAACCAGUAGAACGUGGUACAGAGUGGGCGGGAUUUAGAAUCUCGCGCACGUCUUCCUCGGGAUCGCUUAUUUUACAAUCCCCAGAGACGGAAGCCGACGCCAAGGCACGUGCCGGAAGCGAGAUCCGCUACAUAGACGAAGAAGCCGAAGAGACGGAAACGGAUCGGUUACUUCCGGGAUCUGGGACAGAAAGUGACGUCAGCGCGCAGCGAAUAUCGCAGUCGUCCGGGGAGAGCGAGUCGGCCGUGACGCGAAUAUCAGAUGAGACCACACCCAUGUUGGCAGAAGGCGCCGACGGUGGCGGCACUUCUGGAGUCAGUAAAACUAGCUGACUGAUGUUUGUGACAUUUUUGAAGCCGUAAUUUAUGAUGUUUAUUUAUAUCUAAGGCUUAAGUAUUGCUUAUGCGCCGCUGCAUAAUUUUUAGCGUGGUGGUGAUGGGCAGAAAGUCUUAACCUUAGACUUCCUUCAUACUAGUAACAACAUGGCAUUGAAAACUAAGACUUAUUUAAGUUACAUGCAGUGAAAAAAUACAAGCGAUGGGUCUAUACAAUCAAUGUUAAAAUUCAUGAAAUAUUGAACUUUUUGAUAAAUAAUUUUGCUUUGAACUUUCUGUAUGAUAGAUAAUAUCACUUGCUAAAUAUCGACCUCACUAGGAUGUCUUUGGCGUGAGGGAACAUUUUGCAUUAUAUUUUUACAAAGAGGCUUUUUCCAAUAUUCAAAAUGUUUGCAAGAGAUUCAUUCUACAGCUAUUCGAAUUUAAAUGUCAAAGGUUCGCAUGCACUAUAGACAGAUAAAUAUAGAAGAUUAUUAUGAAAUGAAAAAUAACUUAACGUAUGUUUUGUAAUCAUUAUAAAAAUCUUGGUGCUUAUAUCAACAGUAUUACAUCAAAGUGUUGGUACAUAUUAUACAGUCGAACCCCGUCGACUCGAACUCGCUUGGCUCGAUUUCCACGUUGGCUCGAGCUGGAUAAAAUGGACCGAUUUCUUAAUACUGAAGGUAAGAACUCCCGCUUAGCUCGAAAUUAACGAGCCGCGAUGUAUUUUCGCCGGUCACCGGGAGUUCGAGCCAACGGGGUUCGACUGUACAGUCAAUUCAAAACCUUUACAUGUUAAGUGCUCAAUAAUUUUGUUCUUCAAAAGUAGGGUGGCAUUUGUUUUGUUUUAUUCUACAUUCAAUAUCGAACUGGAAGAAUUGCACGAAUGUGUGGGGUAGUCAAGUUAUCCAUGAACUUACAAUGAGAAGUAUCAGUCAACAUACAUAAACUAGAAAUGCAUACAUUUGAAUGCACGUGCAUAUAUGCACGUGCUAAUUUAUGAUUCAAUGAACACGUUACAAGUGAGUUAGUAGAAUAAAAUGAAGAUUUAUUAUGACAACAUGUUCAUGAGAGAUUGACUCUAAAUAAACGGCAUAUCCAUGAUGAAUAAAAUUGACAAUAAUCAAUAGUAUUAAAACUCUAAGUCUAUGUUAUUAUCAAUUUAAUCAAAUCGAUAUUAUCGUCAAUUUUAUUGAGUCGAUAAUUUUGUCAUUUUUAUUGAGUCGAUUUAAUUGUCAAUUUUAUUAAGUCGAUAUUUAUGUCAACUUAAUUGAUUCGAUAUUUAUGCUAAUUUUAUUGUGUCGAUAUUUUUGUAAAUUUUAUUAAGUCAAUAAAUUUGUCAAUUUGAUCGAUUUUGGAUAGGCCUCUGAAACCACCUUCUGAUUACGUGCGUUAAGGUCAGACGUGUUAUUUUGUCUCUAAAAGGAAAUGUCUCAGACGUAAGAAAAUCAAUAAUGCUGUUCAUUUAUUUACAUACAUUCAUGUUUUAUUUAUUUGUUCAUUAUUCUAAUUAUAUUUGUAUAAAAGUGCUUCUGUAAAUAUUAUGGAUGAAUACGCAUUUGUGUUCAGUGGUUUUAAAGAAAUGAAUAGAUUUAAUACAUGCUUUUUCAAUAUAUAUAAACUGCACAGCAUUGUUUUGUUUAAAAAAUGCCUUUGUAGCAUUUAUCAAAGGUUGACAGAUCUUCUUAGAUGGAGCGACAUUGGUUUCAAAUAUCACAAGAGUUUCAGGACAGGUCCGUAAAACAUUUCCAUUCCAAGAAAAUCGUUAAAGCAUUUUAAAUCGCUGGAAACACAGCACUAACGAGAAAUAAUACGGCCUGGUUUGGAAGUUUUUGGUUAGUUAAUGGUCAUCUAGCAUCUACGUGUUGACGAAUCAUUAAGGUCGCUCUUCCGAAACAUUUUUCAUGAAAUAGUUGCCACUUGUAAAAUACACAGGUAAAAUAUAUACAUAUUUAACUUGCAUUGAUUGGUACAUGUAUUUGGGGACAUAGUAUUAAAAGGAACCAUAUAUUCGGAUCCAAAGAAACUGGAAAACUUGGAGCAUUAUCAUGUACAUUUUGUUUCAUUAUCAUUUGUACACAGAUCAUAAUAUACAGUCAAUUUUGAUGUGUUAUCAGUCGUAACAACUCGGCCAUCUCCUGCAAGCUUCGAGAAGUUUCGGAACUCCUCGGCCAUUUUUCAUCGAAAACAAUCUCGGAUGUAUGCCGGUACAUCGGUAGAAGUAGUUCGUAAAAUUUGAAAUAAUAGAUUUAAUUAAUAGGAGUGUUUAAACGUAUAUUUUGUAUUACUAAGUUUAAAUUGAUUGCCAGUGCAUAAAUUAAUUGCAUAAAUAAUUAAGAUUUCCAAGAGUAAAGACAUAAAGUUUAACUACUAUAUAGAUUUCUGACAUUGUAAAACGUCCAUAUACAUCCGAGGUUGUUUUCGAUGAAAAUGGUCGAGGAGUGCCGAAUGGCUUCGAGAAUACUGUUGGAUAAUGGCCGAGGUGUUUCGAUUGAUGUGUUAUAUGUUCAUUCGACUUAAAGAAAACAAACCAUUACAAAUCGAUGUUGUUUAAUGAAAUUCAUUUGCUUAAUUAAGGAAGAAAUUACACAGCAAAUCUGUCACAUGAAUUGAAAAAUAAUCUUUUAAGUAGAUCUAUCAAAAUAUACGGCAAAAUUUGUGCAUUUUAAACCACCGUUUUAAUGAUAGAGUGUUGUUAUUGUGAAUGAACAUUAAAGAGAAGCUAUAAAUGUUAGAGAUUCAUUAUAUUUUUCCACCAUUACAAAUGUUGUUUUUGAAGUACGUUUAAUUUACUGCGAUGAUUUUAUCUUAACUGUUAAUUAUAACAUGACUUCAAGGAUAAAAUAAAUGUUCUCUAAUCCUUUUCAAUAAAUUACAUCUUUCAAGUCUGCGACCAAGUUAUAACGCCCUGGGCGUUGUUUAAAUUUAUUUUAUUUUAUUGUUAUUUGCAAUUUUGGUAUUGUUAUGAACGUUAAGCCGCAGUAAAAUCAUAUUUUUCUAGUCACUGUUAAACCAGGGUGAGGAAUAACAUGACUUCAAAGUGGUUCUCACAUGGUUCACCACCAAUGUGAAAUAUCUUUGCUUUAAUGAUGCAAUCCUUGGCCAAAAAUUUCAACUUGAUGGGAUUUUGUAGAAAAAAGACGUGCUUAAAUUUUGGCUAAGGUUUAAAUCUAAAAUAUUUUACACGUGCAGAAGCAGGAAAUAGCAUAGUCCUUUAUAGGCUAAGAAAUAUUUUCUGCCAAAAAAGUAUUUUGGAAAUUAAAAAUAAAAUUACCUACUUGUUUGUUUACAUCGGUUGUGACCCGUGGUGACCCAUGUGAGAACCCCAUUAAAGACACGUGAUUCCUCGCCGUGUAAUCGCAGGUUUAGUGUAAGACGGUUGUAUCUUAAUAAAGAAACAGAAUGUAUUACAACGGUCUUGUCCUUAGCCCUUGAAAUGCUAUUUAUAGAGUGUUUUUGUUUCAGUAUUUGUAGUUUUGUUUGUUAUGUCAUGUUUUUUGUUCAUAUCAUACAUAUUCUUGAAAUUUAGAUAUAUAGAUGAUAACUGUUUGUUACAGUGUAAGAUCGUAAUAUCUUUCACCGCGGGAGCACAAAAGGCUCUGGCUUAUAUAUCUUCUUUUAGAUGUUCACCUGGUGAAAUUGAAUGCGAUCUUACACCAACAAUUGUGCUUUUUGUUAUACGCCGUAAAAAUGAUAGUUAACUGUAGUUUUUCGGAAAGGUGCGCCAAAUUGUAAACGUGUGUCAAGUUAUUUCGGAAAUGAUGUCAUAGAAAUUGAGUCCCAGCCCAGCGCGAGCUGUUGUUUAAUAGGGAGUGAGAGCUGGCUUGUUCAUGACAGUGAAAUAUCAAAUUGAUACUUUCACGGUUUGAAACAAUGAAAUAUUAUUUUUUCUUUCACUGAUAAAUCUAGAUAUGAACCACUGGAUAGCAAAUAAUGAAACUAACUCUUGAAAAUGCAUGGCACAUAUAGUUAUAAUUAUGACAAAACUAUCGAAAAAUCAGGAAAUUAUGUUUCAGAAAUCAAAUAAAAGUUAAAACUAGCAUUACAUUAUUAGAUAAACUAUUUGUUUCAAAAUAUUUCAAAUUACACCCAAAGAAUCAAACAGCUGAUCCUGUUAUUUGUGCCCCCAAAAUGUAUGUUUUAAUUAUAAAUCCGAGGUUAAGUUAUACAAUAUUUUAAAACCCUAUUUUCGAUGUGUUAACUCUCGUUUUUAUUCUUUAUUUACCACAUUGAAGAGAAUAACAUUAAAUUAGUUUUCAAUGUGUUUUGAUGACUGGCAAUGCAAUUUGAUCAAUUUCAUUAGCAUGACAUUCAGAUUUUUUUAAAGUAAUCAUUCUUCGCUUUAUAUCAUCUUGUUUAUAUUACAAAAGAACUUCACAUUUACAUUUUUGUAUGUUUGACAAAUGCGUAAAUACGUGCUUAAAAAGCAAUGUAAAUAUUGAGUGACUGAUGUUAAUAUUUAUUGCAUAUAUUUCAAAGCAGACAUUUUUCAUCGACUUUUUAUUGCAUAAUUUUCAGUAAAAGUGCAUGUUUUCAACAUAAUACACACAUUUUGCAACAUUCUUGUAUAAUGAAACAUAUAAACAGCUUAUAAAUUGGUAUAAAUGAAUGUUUAAAUCAUUGUUUGUUUUAAGAAGUGCUCAUUGGAUGUAUAUUUACAUUCAGCCAUAACACUUUUCAUUCUCAUUACCAUAAUGUGCUCUUGACCUGUGCUUCUUUUGUAAAUAAAUUACAAAUAUUAUUA